AUGAUCAGAUUUGCUGUGAGUUUCUUGAUUCUCGUGGCCUCGACGGUGGCUGUCAGUUUUUGUAAGUUUUUUGGAAAAAUACAAUAGCUAGAGAGCUGAGAGCAACAAUUUAUGUCUAGUAUUGUAUGUUUGUAGUCGACAACGUUUUUCCACAACCACUCCUUUGAGUACUGUAGGCCUCGGAAGUGUUGGAAGUCAACAAUAGCUAUUACAUUUCUAUACUAACCAUAGUUGCCACGGGCCGGGCCGGGCCGGGCCGGGCCGGGCCGAAAUUUCCAAAACUCCGGCCCGGCCCGGUCGGCCCGGUUCAAAAAGCGGGAAUUCAAAAUUUGAAUUAUUGAUCGCAUGAAGCCAUUUUUUGUAGAAUUAGGGGUUUUUUGCAAGCAUCGAACAUUGAAAAAAACAAAUGUAUUUCUCAUAAAAAAAUUCAUAAUAGCAAAAAAACAAAAAAAGAAACACUAAAACUUUAGUUCGAAAAUUUCUUUUGUAAUAACGAAAAAAAAAUUUCCGCGAAAAUUUGAAUUCCCGCCUUUUGAACCGGGCCGACCGGGCCGGGCCGGGCCGGCACUUCACCGACCCGGCCCGAAAUCUGGCAAGUCUGAUACUAACUUCUGUGAGCUACAGUACUCUUUGGAGCAGUCGUAGAAAAAAGUUGUCAAGCACAAAAAUAUUUUUCAUGUCUAGUACUACAUUUUUGUAGUUGACAACUUUUUUCCACAACCACUCCUUUGAGUACUGCAGCUCUUGAAAGUGAGCAGUCAAAUAGGGUUGCCUUUAAUUUCCAGAGCCUACAGUAAUCCAGGGAGUGGUUGUAGAUAAAAGUGGUCAACUACAAAAAUAUAGUGCUAGAUUUGACAAACAUUUUUGUAGUUGACACCUUUUUGAAAUGUCGGCUCUCAAGACUGUUAGGCACUGAAUUCCACAUGCCUUCAGCUAUUAUCAUCUUCCAAGACUACUUUCUUAUCAUUUGUGUGAUGAUUCUCUUAUCACAUUUUGCGGCUAGAAAAGUUUGACCUAGCGCAAAUUGGAAAUUGGCGUCACUUUUAUUUGUCUAGCUGUCUGGUGUGUACGGAAAACGUGCAAAAAUCAUUUUUCCAGCAUGUCCGACCGCAAAAAUCACUCAAACGACAAUCGGAGGGAACUUGCCGGUUGGGACCACUGUUCCGGUCCUCGUGCCGGCCAACACCAAUUGCACAAUUACUGUAGGAUCACUUUUUAGGCCAAGCAAAAAAAUUGUCGAUUUAGUUUGACAUUCCAAAAGGAUUCGUGCUGAAGAUCGGGCUUUCCGCCGAUUUCCAAUCGACAAACGAUACAGUUCAAGUUGUGGAUAAUCUCGGAGUCGUUAGAACGUUAGUUUACUCAUUUUUUGACCAUUUUCCACCAAAAUUCAUCGUUCUCAAGCUAUGACUCCUCUUUUUUAGACUCCAACACACGGGCGUUCCGAUCAAUAACGCCCUCAUCUACGUUUCGGCAAGUUUCGCCCAAAUUCGUGUGGCUUCAAUGUCGGGAAAGAGUAGUUUUAUGGCGACGUACCUGUACCAGUCAUGUGGGCACACAUUUGUGACCAUAUAAUAACGGGAAUCAAGUGUCUUUUUCAGUGUCCGGAUAUACUCAAGUCACCAGGAAAACGGGCGAAUUCAUUGCACUUUCCUCGGUCGUCGGCACUACUUAUUAUUCGUUCACUUCGGCGAAAAAUGACAGGGUUUGUACCGAGAUAUUUACACCAUUGGAUAGAGCGCCAAAACUUGCAUAGAAAAGUCUGUUGUGGUCGUGGUCAGAAAUCAAUUUUAAGGCCAAGUCCGAGUAAAAAGUUCAUAACUCGGAAAUGAGACGUUUUUUGACAAUACGAUCAACUACAAAGUUAUUGAGGAGAUAAUUUGGGUCAACUUUCCUGUUGACCACUUGUUGAACGGACCCCGGGUUUUUGAGAUACAGGUCACAGAAGUCGAGCUAAACUUUUGUCGCCGUUCUACACGCCGAGUUUUUGCAGAUCGUGGCAACAGUGGGACAACGAAACACUCAAUCGACAGACUAUGUGCUCAAUCAGAUCUACGUGUACGACGGCGCCAACUUGACCACUGCGAACAUGAUCGGACGGUUGGACUCGCUCGGAACGUCAAUAUCGCCUUCUUCCGGCAGCGCCUAUUCGCUCGUCAAUUUCUACGGAUACAGGUCCACUUCAUACCUUCUGGCCAAUGAUUAUUCCGGUGAGCAUUCGAUCGUUUUCAAUUUUAAAAAAACUCGAAAUUAAGUUCAUUUUCAGCCGUCCAAAACCUGAACAAGUACACGGUAAUCGUGACAAGUCUGGGCAGUACGACCAACGGACAAGUGAUGGAUUUGAGCAAUAACGGAGCGUCGUACACGUUCAUUUGCACCGAUUGCUCCAAAUUCUAUCUGACUCAGUUCACUUUUGAUAGUUUGAAGACUGUCGCCAACAAGGGAUACGUCACUUUCCAGGGACAAACGCCCACGCACGGAAGGAACAAGUUGAUCAGAUAUGAGUGAGUUCUAAGCUCCUAUGAGACCAAUUUACCACUUUUUUCUACGACCUGCUUGAAAGUUGAGGUCAACAAUAGCUAUACGAUUUCAUUGCCCACUUCCUUCACAUUUCUCAACUUUAGCGCGAUGACGUACACGUCAAAACAGCUGCCCCAACUCAUUCCGACCAACAUUUUCACGAUGGGACUCUACGUUUCGGGCAUCAAUUUGAUGACCUCCACCGUCAACGACGAUACCGAAUGGAAACGACCGUACGACGGCCGAAAAGGAUUCAUUUUCUCGCCGAAUCUCUGGGAUUCAACGACGACGAACUACAACUACGAGUUCCGCAACGAUUCGCAGCUGUUCAAGUAUCAAUUGAACUUUGACGCGGCCAAGUUUGCCAGCGUGGAUUCGUUGAGUCUGAAGAUCGGAACCACUUCUUCUGGCACUCCGGCCGUCAAUAAUCUGUGAGUUUUCAUGCUUUUUGUCGAAAAUAUCCCGUAUCAGUUGAAAACGAGCAAAUUUCAUUGACGAAUGAAAAUUUUGAAUCGAUUUUCGAGAGUUUUGCCUGAAUUUCAGUCAUUUCUCGGCCAUUUUCACGGUUUGAACGCUCAAAAUGCUCGCAUUUACGUGCUCUUUCAUUUCCGACACUGAUUUUGUCGGGAAACGUCUCGAAUGUUGCGUUUUAGCGAAAUGUGUCUCAGCAUAGGCCACGCCCACCUUUUCACUUUUUUAACGGUGUUCUUGUAAAGAUAUCGAAAAGGUGUCAACAAACGAAAUGUACAAAAUGUCUUACUGAAUAUUUUCGCAGUUGGCCACUUUUUGAUAUCUCUACCGGCAACUGAGAUACAGCGUUUUGAAUGAACGGUACUGUGGUACGGUUCUAAAAUUUGGGAGCCAACAAUAUUCGUUUAAUUUACAGGUACCCCAGAGACACGAGUUCCACAGGAGUGGUCUCUUCAAACGGAAAUUACAUGCAACUCGGAUUCAACGGAUCCGUUUCUUCCGAUGUCCGACUUUCCUUUACGAUGACCCAAGUGUCCACGGCUUCAGCCAUCCGGCUCCUUGUCCCCAUUUUUCUUGCCUUCUUCCGUUUGCUUUGA